UUGUCGGAGCUUAUCGGUUUAACUGGUGCCGUUUGGUCCGAUUCCGAUUUUUGAAACGGUAGUUGAGGGUUUGGAGGAGAAGGAAGAAACCACUGCAACUUGAACGGGAAAGAGAAAAAGGAAAGAAGAAUUUAGGGUUUUGGGAGUUCGGUUUCAUAUUCGAAUCACUCUGAAAUUGAAGUUCGUAUAUGUAGAAAUGGUCGUAGCUUCCCUCUUAUCUUCUCCAAAAACUGCUAAAAGGGUUAGUCUUUCUUCCUUAUUCAGAGACUCACUUACAAUUCCCAAAUCUGAUUCGAAAACUACGAAGAAAAUCUCUAUUUCCGACACUCGCGACGUAACCCAAUUGGAAAACAUCAUCAAAGGUAAGUGCAGAUCAAGAAAUUUUGAUCUCAAUGAUGCAAAUGCUCUCUUUGAUCGCAUGCUUCUCAUGAAACCCAUUCCUUCCGUCUUCAUAUUCAAUCAUCUUUUAACUGCAAUUUCCAGGAUUGAACACUAUUUACCUGCGAUUUCCUUCUAUAGAAGAAUGAUCUCAAUUGGUGUUUCUCCUGAUUUCUUUAGUUUAAACAUUCUUCUCAACUGUUUCUGUAAUUCAAAUCGGGUUUCUUUUGGUUUAGCGGUUUUUGGGGAACUCUUGAGGCGAGGUCAUUGUCCCAAUGUUGUCACUUUCACUUCUCUGAUUAAGGGUUUUCUCAUGGUGGAUAGGAUUGAUGAGGCUACAGAGAUUUUCAAGAAAAUGAUUGAGCAGGGCUGUCAACCUAAUAAAAUCACGUAUGGGACUCUGAUAAAUGGGUUAUGCAGAUCCGGAAAUACAGUUCUCGCAAUUCGGUUGCACCGGGAAAUGGUGAAUCGAAGUAGUGGUUGUAGUCCUGAGUCUCCUAACUUGGUCUCAUACAGCAUUAUAAUCGAUAGUCUUAGCAAGGAUGGAUUCAUAGACGAGGCCAAAGAGCUCUUUUUGGAGAUGUUGGAUAAGAAAAUUCCACCUGAUGUAGUGGUUUACAGCUCUCUUAUCCGUGGUUUCUGCAAUGUGGGGAAAUGGGAAGAAGCCACAAGGCUUUUUAGAGAAAUGGUAGAUAAAGGAGUACGUCCCAAUGAAAUAACGUAUAAUGUGUUAAUGGAUGCUCUUUGCAAGGAAGGGAAGACGAGAGAGGCCUGUAAAUAUUUAGAACUGAUGGUUCAUAGAGGUGUGGAGCCUGAUAUCAUCACUUACAACACCUUGAUGGAUGGGUUCUGUUUGGAAGGUCAAAUUGAUGAUGCGGAAGAGCUGUUCAAGUCUAUGAGAGAUCGAGGUCGUGUACCCGAUGUUGUGAGCUACAAUGUGUUGAUCAAUGGGUACUGCAAGAGUGGCAAGGUAGAGAAAGCCAUGGUUCUUUAUCAUGAGAUGCUCCAUGAAGGGAUCAACCCCACAAUCAUUACCUUCAACACCUUAUUGACUGGUAUUUGUAAGGAAGGUAAAGUUGGUGAUGCACGAAAACUAUUUGAUGAAAUGCUCACUCUAGAUCAGAGGCCCAACUCCAUAACUUAUGUUAUUUUAUUAGAUGGGCUUUGUAAGAAUCAAUGUUUUACAGAGGCCAUGGAGCUGUUUCACACUCUCGAAGAUAGUAAAUUCAAACUAAGUAUUAGGAUCUUCAACGUUGUCAUAAAUGGAAUGUGCAAUGCAGGUAAGCUAGAUGUUGCUAUUGAACUAUUCGAUAAGCUGAUUCGAAAUGGAUUGAAACCUGAUGUGGUAACUUUUACGGUAUUAAUAAAUGGGUUCUGCAAGGAUGGACAGUUGGAGAAGGCAAACGAGUUGUUUGUGCAAAUGGAUGAGAAGGGUUGCGCUCCUAAUGUGGUGACAUUUAAUACACUUAUGCGUGCUUUCUGCCAAAAUAACGAGGCAGAGAAAGCAAUACAACUUCUUCAUAAAAUGGUGGAGAGGGAUAUGGAGCCGGAUGCAUCCACAGCCUCCAUAGUAGUAAACAUGCUAUCAGAAAACGAAGAAUACCGGGGAAGUUUGGAUUUGCUUCCAAAUUUUAUGCUUAGGCAUCAGCAGAAAGGAUGAUGUUCUGCUGAUGCGAUGAGUUCACAAAUUUGGACUUUGGAGGGAUAUCAGCAGUUGGUAAGCUUAUUUUACUGUAAGGGUGCUUGCGGGUCGGUGAGCAAUGAAUAGUCCGCUGACAUUUGGAUUGACCCAUGGGUUUCUAAUGGCACAGAUUCAGAGUUCAUAGUGACUCUAAAAUGGAUCGAGUAAAUCAUGUGGCUGAUCUAUCUAAUUGAAUUCAACGGUGACUUGGAAGUAGGGCAUCAUCCAAAAUAUUUUUUAUCCAAUCAAAGCCAAUUUUAUCAUGGAGAUCAGAUUGAGUAGUAGACAGAUCUCAAGGGAUGAAGAGAUUAUUUGGGCUGUGAUGAACAAUGGAAUUUAGUAUUAAAUCUGUAUUGUAGUCUGUUUGGUGAAUGAGCUGUUCAGCCAGCGAUACAGUGGCAAAUCAUCCUAUUUCAGGCCAAUUAUGGAAACUGAAAACUACUAUCCCAGGGGUUCAAAUAAUCACUUGGUGUGAAGUGACUGUUGUUUUACCUUUCAGAUCUAAAUUUUCAAGAGUCCCUAAUAUUGGGAUAUAUGGCCAUUUUGUGUAGACCACCUUCUAUUCACCUGCAGCCAUUCAAAGGCCCUAUCAUUUUGUUCGCAUGCAUUCUGUACAGAAACUAAUUGUAUGAGCAUGAGCAAUUGGUUCCUUGUUUGGAUUAGUGAAAGCCAACAGUCUGGCGAUGACGGGUUUUAUCUUCCAAGCAAUGCUUCUACAGUGGCUUGGUUUGUAUUGACGGCAAGAAAUGAGAAAAAAAAAAAAGAAAAAAACUUCAAAAGUAAGCUUCCUACCCUUGGCACUUGAUAGAGCUAACAGUUUAUUCACUGAAUUAGAGUCAGCUAUCAAGAAUACAGAGUAUCCUACCUGAUGGUGAGCCAUCUUGUUUAAUUAACAAAGGGGCAGAUUGAAAUUUAAUCUGGACAGAGCAAAAUAGAAUAUCAUAUCAGCAGCAGCAGCAUCAUUAAUGGGUUGCAAUCAUGAAGGGAAAUUUAUUUUGGUGUACAUAGCUCAUAUUCUUCCUUUUCAGCAGAAGAAGCAAAAAGUUGAUACGCUGGACUGCUUUGCCGUUUUGCAGGACUUGCCUGAAGUAAUGUUCCUGGUUGGGAAAGAAUUCAUAAUUGUGCUCAUUCUUGUAUAGUAUGGGGCCAAUCGAUGUAAUGUUCUGUCUAGGGAAGAUUGAAAUCUUCACCUUGUAUUGAAGUUUUUCAAGUUACAGUCCCAGUUUGGAGGCGGAAAUUUUUGUUAGUUGUACCUUAUUGAGUUAUUCCACAUAUUUCAUGCUCAAAAUUACAGUA